UACAUUGAAUUUUGAAGUCAAAAGUUUAUAAAGUUCAUAAUGGGUUAUCACAAAUGAUAAAAAUGAUAGUUGUUUAUGAAAAUAUUUAACAUAACGGAGUAUAUUAAGAUCUGAUCUAAGAACCACCACUAAAAAUGAUUAAGAAGGUAGCUAGUAGUUACUUUUAUUUCCACACUCGAAAAUUUCACACUUACCACUUCCAAAUAUUACGAAGUCCAGUGCAAAAAGUGCAAGGAAAAAUCCACCUUAUGAGUAAUUUCCAAUUAAGAAAUUUACAUACAAGUUCAACAAUGAAUACCAAACUUUUAAAUGGGAAUUUAUGGGAUACUGAUCCCGAAUUGUUCGAUAUUAUCAAAAAAGAAAAACAGCGUCAGGCAAGUGGCUUAGAAAUGAUAGCUUCUGAAAAUUUUACAUCUGUGCCUGUCCUCCAGUGCCUUAGUUCUUGCCUUCACAAUAAAUACUCGGAGGGUAUGCCGCAUCAAAGAUAUUAUGGAGGAAAUGAAUUUAUAGAUGAAAUAGAGAUACUCGCUCAACAGAGAUCAUUAGAAGCAUAUAAACUAAAAGCCGAAGAUUGGGGUGUAAAUGUUCAACCUUACUCCGGUUCACCAGCUAACUUUGCAGUAUACACAGGAGUUGUUGAACCCCAUGGUCGUAUCAUGGGUUUGGACUUGCCAGACGGUGGACAUUUAACUCAUGGUUUCUUCACUGCCAACAAAAAAAUUUCUGCUACUUCUAUCUUCUUCGAAAGUAUGCCUUAUAAAGUAGAUCCUAAAACUGGACUAAUAGAUUAUGACAAACUAGCCGAAACGGCUAAGCUUUUCAAACCGCGCCUCAUCAUUGCUGGUAUAAGCUGUUAUUCACGCUGCCUUGAUUAUAAACGCUUCAGGCAAAUUGCUGAUGAGAAUGGUGCAAUCUUGAUGGCUGACAUGGCACAUAUUUCUGGACUUGUUGCAGCAGGUAUCAUUCCAAGCCCAUUUGAGUACUGUGAUAUUGUAACAACAACAACACAUAAGACAUUAAGAGGUCCACGUGCUGGCGUCAUUUUCUUCCGUAAAGGCGUCCGAUCUGUCAAUGCGAAAGGAGAAAAGAUAAUGUUUGACUUCGAAAGUAAGAUCAAUCAAGCAGUAUUCCCAGGCCUGCAAGGUGGCCCCCACAACCAUGCUAUUGCAGCUAUCGCCACAGCUAUGAAACAAGCCACCAUGCCAGAAUUCGUCGACUAUCAGCGCCAAGUGGUCGCGAACGCGCAGCGGCUGUGCGCGGGGCUGGCGGCGCGCGGCUACGACAUCGCGACGGGCGGCACGGACGUGCACCUCGUGCUGGUGGACGUGCGGCGCGCCGGCCUCAGCGGCGCGCGCGCCGAGCGCCUGCUCGAGCUCGUCAGCGUCGCCUGCAACAAGAACACCGUGCCCGGCGACAAGAGCGCGCUCAACCCCAGUGGCAUCAGGCUGGGUACUCCAGCUCUUACUACUAGGGGCCUGAAAGAAACUGAUAUCGAUAGAGUGGUCGAAUAUAUAGACAGAGCGCUCAAAUUGGCUCAAGAAGUCACCGCGAUAUCGGGACCGAAACUAGUAGACUUCAACAAAACUAUUACAGAGAAUGCCGACAUCCAAGCAAAAAUUAAUAAACUGAAACAAGAAAUUGAAAACUACAGCCAAACAUUCCCUUUGCCUGGCUAUGAAAAGUACUAGAUUAUUUACUACUACAAUUAAAUCAGUUUUUAUGACGGGAUCACUAUCUAAUCGACUGGAUCCUAAAACAAUAUAUUAUUGUUUAGUUAACAAUAUGUUAUAGAAGCACUCAUAAUAACA